CUGACUUCAGGUCGCUUCAUAAUUGACGUGCAUGUUUCAGACGUGUUCAUCUUGGUGGCAGGUGGAAUCGUGCUCGGUUGCGUGUUCAUAUCGUUGGAGAUUUUCAUCAGCCGAGUGCGAGCGAGCAAGCUUCGCCGAAGGCGGCUGGCCUGUCGAUACAGCGAGAUCUGGCGCAAAAAGACUCGUACCAGCCGGACCAAGAUGGACAGCUUUAAGGAAGAGUACACCGGCCGUCCCUUAUACUACCACGUGCUGCCGUUGAACCAGCAACCGUUCGGCACUUCAAAGGGGCGACUGCCGAACGUGGAAGUAGCCGAUCCAAAAAGCCGUGGCGUUGUAGCCGACCAACGUUGCGCCAUUGUUGUUCGUUGGAACGACUUGUGCGACGCUCGACUUGCGGUCGGUGGGUCCGAAACGACGAAGGUCGUGUGGGUCCGGUCGGGCGUGAACCGUCCAUUCAACUGUGGUGCCAGUGUGUCACCCGUUCGGUUGGCAUGCAGCUGCCGAGUGACUGGCUCGGUCAGCGUCUGCCACGUAAAGCACACCGUCUUCUGCCGUAACAAACGACCGUUGUUUUCGUCACGGACCGGUUUAGAGCCGUGUUUCAAAGAAAGCGCCCUCACCGUAGCCGUCCGUCGUGACUGCCGAUUGAUCAGCCCAAAACUGAGGAUUCGGCUCUAAUGCUGCUGGACGCAAAGGGGAUCUCGCAAAGCUCAGAUUUUGGCGGAUGCCGCAUCGUGGAAACACGUUCUCGCAAUGGACGAACGCCUUAGAGGGGGCCAUGUCACCGAACAACUGCUGAUUGACGGUGGAAACCGGCUGAACGACCCCGGCAUCACACGCCUUGGCGACAAGUGGGUCAUGACGACGACAACCGCACGCCGCGUCAGCUCUCCUCCCCCUCUGGCCACGUACCUCGAUGGUUCCAUCGGUGGCGGUGGCGACCGACGUGCUCGCGCGACCUUCAUUUGA